GGCCUGAACUAUUAGAGGUAAAAGUAGAAGUAGACUGUAACCAUCCUAAAUAAGAAAGCUUAGCAAUACUUGUAGUUAACUGGAUCAUCAUAAGCUGAUAGUUUUUUCUUUUCAAUUUUAACAGGUAAACUUGAUUACUGUGAAAUGUCUCAUUCUUUGUCCGUCAUCUUUAUCCUGAUUGUCCUUGGAUCAAUGUGUAAUGGACAAACUAUGAGAUUAACAAAGCGCAAUUCGAUUUCGAAUGCUGGUGUUUCUAAAAAUUCGGAAAAUUCAGCCUUAGAGUCGAGCUGCGUAGUUGACUGUCGAUGUCGAUGUCCAGAGAGUCAGCAGAGAUCUACCAAUCCAAUUCAUGAUGGUAUUGAUCAAAUUCCAGAGCAAAUUCACAAUGCCUUUUCUUCUCAAAUAAGAGAAGCCGAUAUAAUCCCUGAAACUGCUUGGUUAUCAAUUAUUUGAAGCACAGACAUGCUUGCAGUUGUCCAAUAAAUGCAUUAACCAAUCCUGUGAACUCUGGAAAAUUUCAACAGUUUAUUGCAUAAUGCUCAGUUUGUGGUAUAAAUCAAUAUCAUAAACGUUAAAUUGGUGAAAAAUGCUUACAGUUUAUAAAAUAAUUUACCAACUUAAAUCAAACAAAUGUAUAUUAGUUUGAAAUGCAAGUAAAUUUCAUAGCUAGCUUAGUGAAUAAUAUUAUAAUAAUGUAACAAUAUUUCGCACGAAAACGUAAAUUGCACAAUUCACGAGUUAAAAUUAUUUAAAAAUAAAGUCUUGAUGACCCAUCUUGAAA